UAUAUUCCUCCAUUCACUGUCAAGAUCAUACCCCAAAUCUUGUGCAUGUGCAGUUCAUCCAAAUACAGCUUCAGAAACAUUCUUAGAUCUAGUGCAUGUUUAGAACAAACGAGUGACAAUGGAUGAUAAUAGCGAAGGGGUAUUAUCGUCAUCUUACUACAGCAUUCUUGGCGUUAGUUCAGAUUCUUCUAUAAACGAAAUAAGACGCGCGUACAGAAAGCUUGCUAUGCAAUGGCAUCCAGAUAGAUGGACAAGAACACCUUCUUUACUUAGUGAAGCCAAAUGUAAAUUCCAGAAAAUUCAAGAAGCUUAUUCAGUGCUAUCUGAUCCGAAGAAAAGAACUAUGUAUGAUGCUGGAUUGUAUGAUCCUCAAGAGGAAGAGGAUGAGGGAUUUAGUGAUUUUAUGGACGAAAUGGCGUCACUUAUGGCUGAAGUUAAGCGAGAGGAGAAGGUUUAUGGUUUGGAUGAAUUGCAGGCCAUGUUUAUGGAAAUGGCUGAAGGAUUUGAGACUCCUUCGAUGUGUUUUGGGACACCAUUGAGGGUUGAUGAAUCUUGUGUUAAUAGAGGAAGUGUUUUGACACAAUAUUAGUUAGUGAUAUGUGUGGGCCGGGCCGGGCCUUUUUUUUAGUAACCGGUUUCAACUUCAUAGGAAAGAAGUUAGGGGGGUGCAUAGGAAAUAUGACUGUUAUUUUGUGUAUGUUGGAAGGAAAUUUUCACUUUUCAUGUUAGGGAGGGAUUUUGACGGAGAGUUGUUUUUAAUUUGGUUUUUGGUUUGAACGAAUUAGGUUUAUCGAGUGUUUAACUGGAAUUAAUGUUAGAGUUUAAUCGGUAUGCAAUAAAGAUUUUAUUCUUUACA